AUGCAGAGCUCAGCAAGCGACGUCACCUACGUGUCGGUCCCACCCACACCUACUACCAAGUACGCACCAAGUUUCCCGCCACGAUCGACCUCGCCAACCCGUAAAUUCCCCACCCCUCUACCCACUCCCCCUCAGAGCGCAAAACACACCGAGUUUCCACUGGAGCGCAACCACACCAGACACACGACACAAUUUCUCGACGAGCACGUCCAGCAGGCAUGGAGUAAUCACCCCUUCGCGUUUAGUCCCUCCGGCCGCAGAAGCAAGUCAACCAGCGACCCCUUCAAGGCCGACUUUGGCGCCAUCUUUGGCGUGGAGGAGCAACCGCACGAAAUAGUCGCCAACUACGUUGACCAACAACACCCCACACCGGACUCGUCACCGCUCAUGCUACCCGUCGAACUCCCCUUCGUGAACAGUAGCAAGGCGCGUCCCCGCCGCGGAACGUUCGGGUCAGGGGACGCGCCGACCUACAGCGGCCAGUGCAACGAGAACGACUUCAGACGCCGGCAGCGGUAUCAGUACCAAGACGCUUACGAGCGCGCGUAUGCGUGCGAGGGGCACGGCCGGUGGCGCUAG